UAUCACUCCUCACAAGCUCACGCCUCCUCCUCCUCCUCCUCCGUAGCCUCACAUCUCUGCCAUGUUUCAGCGAGCAGGAAGCUCUCGGAGUUUCCCCAAACACUUCAACCCAGGAACCACGGGGUCCUCUUCAGGUAACUCUGCAUCUGUGCCGGAUCAUGGUUCCAAGGUAUCAGCUCGGUCUGAGACGUCGCUGCUGGUGCUGAAUGCGCCGGAGCCGCCUCCUCCAUGGCAAGAGCUCUCGGGGCGCGUAAGGAGGGCAGUUCUCGCUGAGGUCAACAGGCCAUCUUCCUUGACCAAAUGCUUCGUUUCGGUGCUCCGUGGCCUCUUUCCCAUCCUUCGCUGGGGAAGGCACUACGAUCGCAAGUCGUUCAGGCGAGACUUGAUGGCUGGCCUGACUCUCGCGAGCCUCGGCAUCCCUCAGAGCAUCGGAUAUGCUAAUCUAGCCAAACUCGAUCCCCAGUUUGGCCUUUAUUCAAGUUUUGUGCCACCUUUAAUCUAUGCUGUGAUGGGGACUUCACGAGAUAUAGCAAUAGGACCGGUCGCCGUCGUCUCUCUUCUGCUGUCGUCCAUGACUCAGAAACUAGUGGAUCCUUACACCCAUCCUGAGACGUACAGAUCGCUGGUCCUCACUGCUACCUUUUUCGCUGGCAUCUUCCAAGCCUCGUUUGGAUUUUUCAGAUUGGGUUUCGUCGUGGACUUUCUUUCACACGCCACAAUUGUGGGAUUCACCGGAGGAGCUGCAAUCGUGAUAGGUCUUCAGCAACUAAAAGGACUCCUUGGGAUCAAUCACUUCACCAGCAACACUGAUGUUGUUUCUGUCAUCAAGGCUGUUUGGUUUGCAGUUCAUCAACCAUGGAACCCCGAUAACUUUCUCAUCGGGUGCUCCUUCCUCGUGCUCAUCCUUAUCGUGAGAUCCAUAGGUUUGAGGAAAAGGAAACUCUUCUGGUUGGCUGCCAUCAUUCCUCUGCUCUCUGUCAUUCUAUCAACUCUUCUGGUAUACCUGACAAGAGCGGAUAAGCAUGGCGUUAAGAUCAUACGGCAAGUUAAGGAAGGAUUGAAUCCGAGCUCGGUCAAACAGAUACAGCUAACUGGUCCAUUCAUUGGAGAGACAGCAAAGAUUGGCCUCAUUUGUGCCAUCAUCGCCCUCACGGAGGCUGUUGCUGUUGGCAGAUCGUUUGCUGCAGUAAGAGGCUAUCAGCUGGAUGGCAACAAGGAAAUGGUGGCAAUGGGAUUCAUGAAUAUUGCUGGAUCCUUGUCUUCCUGCUACGUUGCGACAGGAUCAUUCUCCAGGACCGCAGUAAAUGUGAGCGCAGGCUGUGAAACCACGGUGUCGAACAUGGUCAUGGCCAUCACUGUAUUCGCAUCCUUGCAGCUGCUGAUGAAGCUGUUGUACUACACACCAGUCACCAUACUGGCUUCCAUCAUCCUCUCUGCCCUCCCGGGCCUCAUCGACAUAAAAGAAGCUUGCAGGAUCUGGAGGGUUGAUAAGAUGGAUUUCCUAGCUUGCCUCGGAGCUUUCCUUGGUGUUUUAUUUGGAUCAGUGGAGAUUGGCCUGCUGACUGCGGUAAUCAUCUCCUUUGCAAAGAUAAUUGUUAGUGCACUUGUGCCUAAAACAGAGAUGCUUGGAAGGAUUCAAGGGACAGACAUAUUCUGCAGCAUGAGACAGUACCCAUCAGCUGUUGAGACACCAAAUUUACUGAUACUUCGCAUUGAUUCACCCUUCCUUCAUUUCAUGAAUGCCAACUCCGUAAAAGAAAGGAUCUUCGCGAGGAUAACAGGAGGAUGCGAUGCAACGAUGACCAGAUUCGUGGUCCUCGACAUGUCAAAUGUCACGCACAUCGACACAUCAGGUAUUCCUGCGGUCGAAGAAAUACACAAGAAGCUGACCUCCAAUGGUGUUCAGCUAGCUAUAGCGAAUCCCGGCUGGCGAGUGAUUCACAAGAUGAAGUUGGCCGGGCUGGUGGACAUAAUAGGAGAAGAAUGGAUCUUCCUCACCGUGAGCGAAGCGGUUGAAGCUUGUGGCUGUGGCAACGAGGAAGACAGCAGCUUGAGUGGGUGAUGUGUAAGCUAUCUUCAAGCAAUGGUUUGGUUGCAAUAAAUGAACCUUGUCGAAACUCUGAUUCAUGGCCUUCAUGGUGAUGAAAUAAAACUUUGCAUCCAGUGAAGUAAGAAAUCCUGAAGGCACUGCAAACAGGAGGCCAUCAAUGGUUCGUCCCCCACCACUUCUAAAAGUCCACCUUCUGAAGCCACCGGGAUCGUCCUCCAUUCCUCAGAUUCCCCACCAAAAGAG